AUUUUAGUUGGUGUGGAUUGCGCGCAGUGGAUCAUCACCUGGUGGAUAUUCGUUCCCACUUGUGAGAUAUCAGUGGAUUGGUCCUACUGAAUCCUAUCUGAGAAACAGAUUGAGUAAGAGAGCAGAGAGAGUAGGUGAUUGCUGUGGGGGGAAACUGACAGGUGCAGCAUGGUGUACAUACGGUAAUCGAGACGCGGGAUGAAACCUCCGGACACCAAACCUUUGGAACUAUAAUAAUGUUAGUUUAUCCUAUGAAACAGCCUCUCACAAUUAUCCUUUGAUUUGAGUCGGUGAUCUUGGAAUUCAUAAUUAUUUUUAUUUCCAUGUGAAAUGCUUUUAUGCAUGUAUGCAUCUAUGUGGUCUUUAUAGACUGCUUCUAUUAAAAGACCAGGUGGAUAUUCCCGUUGACGCGCCGUACUUCCUACAUCAAACACACUGAAGACAAUGAAAACGGAUGGAUGCAUUUAUCAUAAGACAAAGAUAAGCGUGACGACUUUAUCAUUCUUUGUUCAGUCAAUAUAACGAUUUCAUAUGCUACAUCAACUCCUGGACCCCAUUAAACGACGUUCCAAACGGAGGAAAAGAGAACUAUUAAUAUAUUGAAAUCCGCACUGGGUUGUGAUUUGAAAUCUAAUCAGAUUCCUGGGGAGUUCAAGAGUAGCAAGGGGAAGAGGGAGGAAAAGUUCCAGCUAAAAGUGUGAUAAGGGAAAGACAACCCUCAACCUCUUCCUUUCUGCUCAGCAUGUGGAUGAUGUUCAGCCGUAGAUUGAGGACUCAGGAUGUUAUCCAUGUGGGGUCCACCGCUGCAUGAGACGACGUCUGUGGUGGACGGGCUUAAAGAAGAUGCUUAUUUGUUUUAUUCAAAAUAAAAAUAUUGGAUCUGGAUCUGGGAAGAUGUCGGAAUUUUGUCCUGAUUUGUCACAUGUCAGCGAAAUGGCACGGGACAGUGACAUGAUUUUGCCUUGUUAACAGAACAGAGGGAUAUCGCUCUGCAUCGAACCAUUAGUUUCAACAGUGGCACUUGUAGGUUCCGUCGUGUUAUUUGCGUCCUGAAACAUGAAUCGGUGGAUGGAUAAAUUUACUUAGUCGUCAAUGUGAAAGUCAUAAUAAUCAAUCGAUUGAUAAUAAUUGAUGGAUUAAACGCAGUAUCGUUUACAUUCGGGGCACCGGUUAAGCGGUGUAAAAGUAUCACUACGGAGUCUGGCAAAUUGCUUGAGAAUUGCGGAUGUAUUUUUGAUGCAGUUUUCGAGGGGAAGGAGCUGAAGAAGAAACUGUCGUUAUUCCAAUCAGAUAUCCUGCUAACAUCAGCAUCUUUGGUUACAAGGUGAGCCAGCAGCCAAACGCGCGCAAAUGUAAAGAUGGCCAGAAACCACAGGGAUUGCAAAUGAGUUGGCAGCCUGCCUUAACCCCACCUCUUCCCAAAGAGUGGACUACCCAGCUAAUGAAUUAUGAAUGUUGAACAAGAUGACCUCUUCUCGGCAGCAGCAGGAGAUGAUGAGAGGUCCUAGGUGGAACGGGGCCCUUUCCGACCCUUUUUUCGUGCUGCUUCUGGCCCUCCAGCUCCUGGCGGUGGCAGGCCUGGUGCGUGCUCAGACCUGUCCUUCUGUCUGCUCCUGCAGCAACCAGUUCAGCAAAGUAAUCUGCACCCGGCGGGGACUUCGUGAUGUCCCUGACAGCAUAUCAACUAACACACGCUACCUGAAUCUUCAGGAGAACCUCAUCCAGGUGAUCAAGGUGGACAGCUUCAAGCACCUGCGGCACCUGGAGAUUUUGCAGCUUAGCAAAAAUCAUAUUCGCAACAUUGAGAUUGGGGCAUUCAAUGGCCUAGCCAGUCUUAACACCCUGGAGCUUUUCGACAACCGCCUCACCACCAUCCCUAAUGGGGCCUUUGAGUACCUUUCCAAGCUCAAAGAGUUGUGGUUGAGGAACAACCCCAUUGAGAGCAUACCCUCAUAUGCGUUCAACAGGGUGCCCUCACUACGGAGACUGGACUUAGGGGAACUGAAACGCCUCUCCUAUAUCUCAGAGGGGGCUUUUGAGGGCCUCAGCAACCUCCGCUAUCUAAACCUGGGCAUGUGCAAUCUGAAGGAGAUUCCCAACCUCAUCCCACUGGUCAAAUUGGAUGAGCUGGAGAUGUCGGGGAACCAGCUGUUGGUUAUCAGACCUGGAUCCUUUAAAGGGCUGAUCCACCUGCAGAAGCUGUGGAUGAUGCAUGCUCAGAUCCUGACCAUUGAGAGGAACUCCUUUGAUGACCUUCAAUCACUAGUGGAGCUCAACCUAGCCCACAAUAACCUCACGCUACUGCCCCAUGAUCUCUUCACACCCCUGCACCACCUGGAGAGAGUACACCUCCACCACAAUCCCUGGAACUGCAACUGUGACAUUCUGUGGCUAAGCUGGUGGCUCAAAGAGAUAGUGCCAGCAAACACCAGCUGCUGUGCCCGCUGCAGUUCCCCAGCCAGUCACAAGGGCCGCUAUAUUGGUGAACUAGACCAGAACUAUUUUCACUGUUACGCACCUGUGAUUGUGGAGCCUCCGGCAGACCUGAACGUGACUGAGGGAAUGGCAGCAGAGCUGAAAUGCAGGGCCAGCUCUCUAACCUCAGUCAGCUGGAUUACACCAAAUGGCUCUAUCAUGACCCACGGGGCAUACAAGGUUCGUAUUUCGGUGCACAAUGAUGGCACACUAAAUUUCACUAAUGUCACCAUGCAAGACACGGGCACCUACACCUGCAUGGUGAGCAACUCAGCAGGCAACACCACAGCAUCUGCCACACUUAAUGUGUCAUCUACAGAGAACAUUCUCAGCUACUUCACCACAGUGACAGUCGAGACCAUUGAGCCAGUGCACGAUGAGGGGCACACUACUGUGGGCCAGAAAGUGGGCCCCACUCCCUCUGCUGGCUCCUGGGAUACUGUUUUGUCCACCUCCAGCACCACCACCACCACCACCACGGCCCGGACAACCCUCUCGACCCGGGACACAGAGAGGACCGUCACCAUUCCCGUCACAGACCUGAACGAUGGCUCCAUGACUGGGCUGGAUGAAGUGAUGAAAACCACCAAAAUCAUUAUUGGAUGCUUCGUGGCCAUUACUCUCAUGGCUGCCGUAAUGCUCAUCAUCUUCUACAAGAUGAGGAAGCAGCACCACCAGCAGAACCACCACGCGCCCCAGCGAACCAUUGAGAUCAUCAACGUGGAUGAGGACUGUGUGACGGGAGGCUCAGCCAUGGAAGGCCACCUUACUCUGCCUCCGCUCGAGCAUGAGCACCUCAACCAUUACAACACCUAUAAGACUGGCUACAACCACGUCUCUACUAUCAACUCCAUACACAGCUCGGCGCACGAACCUUUGUUAAUCCGGGCUAGCUCGAAAGACAAUGUACAAGAGACCCAGAUAUGAAACCUUUUUCAUGUGAAUACAAGAUUAUGAAAUGAUAAAAAAACGACAUUAUUGGAUAUUGGGAAUGAGAACUUUGGGAAGUGGAGAACUUGACGAUGUGUCAAGCAAAUCAGUGGUUGAUGAUGUUUAUUCAAUGACACUGGGAAAUGAAUUAUUUGAACUGUUUUAAAAAGUGUCUUUACAAAACAGAAGUUAUUUAUUUAAGAAAAAAUAUAUUGUGGUUCAAUGAAGAAAAAAAACUGUAUGCUGUAAUUAUUUUUUCACCACUUAUUUCAUCAGACAUUUUUUUGGAGAGUGAGAGAAAGAGCCAAGCAAUUUGCCCUGCCCCAAUAGUAAAACAAAUCUUACAUUACCAUUCACUGUAAAAUAUUUGCACACCCUCCCCUUUUAACAUUCCCAUAAAGAAAAUAAAUACCACCACAAACGACAAUAACUGUUGCAAAUGUCUUUAUAAAUGUGGAUAUUAACUCCACUUUAGCAUGAUUUUGUGUUUAGGGUUACAGUCAAUGGCAAAGUCAAUGUCAUACAGGGCAAUGUGGCAGAAGGUAUAUAGCAUUCACCAAAUCCUAUGAUCAGAGCAGGAUGCAGACCAUGAUCAGCUGGGGGAAUUUUAUGCUAUUUGUCCAGUAUAAUGAUUAUAUAUACGUAAAAUAACUUUCCCACCUACAGGUUUCUGUGCACAACACACAACCAAUAAACAAAGCAUUACUGCAUACAAAGCAUUGUGGUUUAAGUUUUCAACAAUCAAUCAAGUACAUUAUAUAAAUCAGUGACAAACAGACAUUUUCCUCCGUAUUGAGUAUCAGUGGUUUGGCUUGACAAUCUUAGAAUGUCAAUAAAAGUAUUUGGUGUUUUGUAACAGAUGUCUCUUUCCAUUAACUUCAUUAAUUACAACCAACUAAUGGCUUGUUGGUUGAGUAGUAAAAAAUCUGAUUUGAUAAGGAGGAAGACUUUUAGAAGUAAAAAUACAGCCAGAAUGACCUGCUACUGGGCUUUUUUUGACCUUAUAAUCUUUUAAAGGUAGACCCACAACUGAUCCAAAUUCAAUUGCAGGUAUGAAAAAUGUAAACAACUAGGGCUUUUAUUCAAAGUAUAUUUUCACUAUGGUUUAAUGUCACAUGUAGAACUGGGCUCACAAUUAAAACAGUAACACAAAUAUUUAUUUAAUUAUAAUGGUGUAGGCUAGUCUAGGUAAGCUAAUUGUAUCAUCCCUAAACAAGAUCAAUAGGUGCCUGUCAGCUAUUUCAUGUUCUUAUGGAUUAACAUUGAAAAUUGGUGCAGACUUGAAUGACUGCUAGUAAACUUGUUGAUCUACCAAACAAUCUACAUACCACUAUUGUCACUAGAUGGUCAGCAUAAAUAGUUGCCUAGUAUAUUGACCUGUGCUAUAGUAAGCUCACAGCAUAGUGUAUAAAGGAAAUAGCAAAACACUUUGAUAAGGGAGAAACAUGCAAGCAGAUGUGAAAAUGUGUCUAAGCCUAUAUGGAAGCAACUACACAUAGUACAACCUGCAAAAUGGGAUAAACCUGCAAAAUCAAAUAAUGAAACAACCGUUUCAUUAUUUGGACCAGUCUUGCCAAUCCAGUUCAUUUUUUAUUGUUCCUAACCACAUAUAGAGUAGCUUCCCUAGAAACAAGAAAGGUUGUGAUUUCCCCAGUCUCAAUGUGAUGCAAGUUGGCAAAUUUUACUCAACAUACUUUGAGAAUUUAUUGAGCAGAUAACAGAUAUUUUUUCCUGGCACAUGACUUGUUGUGAUAUAUUGUGACCUGAUAAUUUAAUUAUGAAUUUAGAAAAAAGUCUCAAAUUAACAAAAUAUUUUCAGUAAAUCAGCCACUUAAAUGUAUUGGACAUAUGCAUUAUAUACAUUGUGGCCUGCCAUCUAUAGAUUGGGAAUGUUAAACGAGGGCCACAUUUUAGCAAUUGAUGCAUAGGUGUAUUUUCUAUGCCAGUCACAACAGUAAGUUUAUCUAAUUUACACAUUGUGUAUUCACCCUGUUUGGAAUUCCUUCUUUAUUUCAAUUGCUCUGAUCCAUAAUAACUUUUUAGUCACACAGAGAAACUUUGAGAUUGCAUUGGCAAACAGAGUCAAGCAUCCCUGAAUAUCCUACCCUCUUUUUCCCAUCCCAGACCAGCUGUUACAAUGGUGUGCCCUAAAAUCACAUGCAGUAUGGGGACUUUUCCAGGUCAUACAUUUUCAGUCAAUCAGAACUACUACUGAGAGUUUAUGCACUUCUCCAGGUGUUGACACAAUCCUUUGUGUAACACCACUGCUAAAAUUCCAUUAACUAUUUUGAUGAGACUUCUCCAACUACACAAAACAAUUUGAAAGACUUCUUAAAUGACUUUUCAACCAGAGAGAUGUCUGUUCAAAGUCUAUCCAAUAUCCUUUUCUCAGUGGGCUAUAUGAGGAGCAGAUUUGUGAGUACGGUAGGACAGGGGCUAAGACAUUGGACAAAGCUCUUCCAUUCCAUCAUCAAUGCCCACCUAUGGCAAAUCAGUGAAAAAUUGUGCCACAUGCCCCAGAUGUCUCUAUAGAUGAAAUAAACAUGUUAUUUUUCUCCACUCCCUCCAUAAUGUCAAACUUAUAAGAAAGGGUAAGGAAUGCACUUUUUUAUUUGGUUCAAUUUUGUUUGUAAGUCAUGUUAUUCUGUACUGUUUAAAAUGUUUCAGAAGAAUGAGGGUAAAUUCAUCUCAUUGUUUCCCAUUUACAUGUCAUCAAGUGCUUCUCUGGGAGUGAAAGCACUAUUAAGGAUAUAAUGACAAAUACUUUAGAGUGCUGAUUUAGUUACCAUGGAAACCAUGACCUUGAGAAAGACAUGCUAACACUUUCUAUUGACUGAAUGCUUUAACAUUACUCAGUGACAAAUACAAAUGGUACUUCCAUGAAUAGCGUUAAUGGAAUUGCACCGCAGCUAUGCUACAAUAUUCUUAAAGUGAUGUAGAAGCAUGUCAUCCCCUUGCCCUUGACGAGUGCUUGUUGUUUGGUAUAGAGUUUGUAUCAGAUGAUAAUGAUACAUUGUCACCCUGUUACUUUUCCACUUAAAUCCAGACAAGGGAGUAUAUAUAACCAGAGAAGAGACAAAUGCUACAGUCAGUAUUAACUUUUACUGUUUACUUUUUACAAUAAGUUAACAAAGACAUAAUCCUGAAAGAUUAAUAUUUAACUUGUGUCAUUAAUGACCUCAUCAGUAAAUCAGAAAUCUCUCAUGAGAUUUUUCAAACAGUUUUAAUCAACAUGAAACAAACAUGUUCAUCAGUGGGGCAUUCACAAUACAAUAAUUAGUGAUGGUGAAACAAGUUUAUAUGGAGUUUAACAAAGUGGUAAACCAUGUAUGUUGUGUGUGUCAUUGACUUUGUGUUUGGGUGAUCAUGUUUGGGUCUGAGUCAAAAAGUUUGAAGCAAGAGAGUUUGUCCAACUUUCAUUCUCUUUCCUUCAUAAUUUAGAGAAUUUUAUGGUGAAUUUAUUGAAAUGUAGUCAAUCCAUCUCAUUCUUUAUGUACUGAAUCUCAAUGUUUUGGUUGGCUAGACUGGGAGAGGAUUUUCUUUCCACAAUAUUUUAUUUUUCUCUGAAAGGGAAUGCUGUUCUAGUAGUAGAUUUAUAUAAAAAUACAUUUUGAGAAUAAAAUAACAAAGAAAACAUUUUUAAAACUUUAAUUGCAGCCAACAACCUGUUCUGAAAUGGAAAAAAAGAAAAACAUUCUGUAAAAGAAAUAGAUUUAUGUGAGCAUACUUUCAUGACCUUUAAAAAAAAUAUGAAGAUCAAUAUAGAAACCAGUUUGUAGUUCAUACAC